AUGGCGAUAGUCUCAAGUCCUAGAGAAGAGAGGCCCAAGGCUGUAAAGAAGAGUAAAAGGCUAUCAUUCAAAAAGUUUGCUUCCAGAACGUGGGCCAGAUCAAUCACCAGGUCCUCAACAACAGCGACGUUAGUCGAGCUCCCUUCUCUGCCUAGCCAUGCAAAUUCCCAAGGUAUCGAGACUCAGACAUCAACCGAUCAUGUCCAUUCUGUCUUAAUGCCAGAGUCAAGCUCGCCCGGUCCACCGCCCAGACAGCCCUAUAAAUCAGGCCUCUUCCCUCUAUACCCACCUCUCUUAGAAGGGAAUUGCCCUGUAGACAUCAUCGCCUUGCACGGCAUAAACGGGGAUGCCUACACCACCUUCACAGCACCUUCGUCCAAAAACCUCUGGUUGCGGGAUUUCCUCCCCCGCUCGUUUCCCGGUGCCCGCAUCUACACAUUUGGCUAUGACGCGCGUGUGCUUUUUAGUCUAUCAACUGGCGAUAUAAGUACUUUUGCAAACAGCUUGUUAGAAGAUGUUUGGGGUGUGAGGAUAGGGAGGUGUGAAAAGCGGAGGCCGAUCAUUUGGAUCGCGCAUAGUAUGGGGGGACUGGUUGUUAAGAAGGCACUCACAAUAGCAUACAACGACCCCGCCCGCUACGGCGACAUCCACUCUUCCACAACCUCAAUCCUCUUUAUGGCAACUCCGCACCGGGGCUCUGAUCACGCUGCUCUGCUUGGCGGUAUAGCUGAAGUUGCGAAUUUGCCGUUAGCGGGGACGUUGACGAGUCGAUUUGCGGGGAAGGUCCGGGAUGAUCUGAUAAAGGAUUUGGAGAAGGAUAACCCAGCGGUUAAGAAAAUCGCCGAGGGGUUUGGAGCCUUGAAUAGCGGCAAAGAUGUAACCUUGUAUUCAUUUGUGGAAAUGAAAAGAACGAAGCCUUUAAGUAGGAGGGUCGUAGAUGAGGAGACGGGGACCAUGGGUGUCGGUGGAGAGAGGGUGAUCUAUAUGGAUGGAGAGGAUCACAAGAGUAUUGUGAGGUUCGAGUCGGAAGAAAGUCCCAGUUAUCGAAAGGUGUUGGUGGUUCUGAGGGAGGCUGUUAGUGACGCUGUUACUCCCUACCUCACAAAAGCUGCCCUCGAGGACGAACCUUGUCUCGGAACCCUCUUCUUCCGAACAAUGACCCAGCGCAGAGCAUCCGCCUCCGCAGCUCACCCCAAAACUUGCACAUGGAUCCUGGGCCAUCCAGUUUUCAAAACUUGGCACAGCUCAUCUCGUGGUCUGCUUUGGAUAAAAGGCCAUCCUGGAACAGGGAAGUCCACAUUAAUGGCUUUUCUCCACGCCUCCCUGCUUUCCAACCAAAUAUCAAAAUCCAUAUUCCUAGACUUCUUCUUCUUCAAUAGAGGAGAAGCCCUGCAGAAGUCACCACUGGGUAUGUAUAGAACCUUGCUGCAUCAACUUUAUCGGAAGAGUGGUAUUGCGAGGAAUAUGAUUCUUGAAGUCUAUGAAGAGAAGCAGAAGGCCUUUGGAGAGGAGUGGAUAUGGCAGGUCUCUGACUUGAAAGCUUUGGCGAAGAAUGUUGUGACGGAGGUGGCGAGAAAAAAAGAGGUUAUGAUCUUUGUGGAUGCAUUGGAUGAAGCCGUUGAUGAAGCCGGAGAAAAAGCAGCGCCAUCGCUGCUAGAGUUUUUCCAUGAUUUGAAUGGGUGUGCUGCUGCAGACGAAGGAUGUUUGGGUGGUGUAAAGAUUUGUGUGUCGUGUCGGCCGUAUCCGGUGUUGGGAUCAAAUGUGGAUGAGAUUUUUGUCGAACACCAUAACAAGGAUGAUAUGGAGCGGUAUGUUCGAGAAAAGCUUAGUACUGGUAUACUGGGCUGGGAGAAGGAGCCGCAGAAUGUGCAUCGGAAUUUGGUGGAUGUCAUUGUGGAAACAUCGCGGGGUGUUUUUCUCUGGACGAGUCUGCAGGUGCCGAAGGUUAUCAGGAGACUGAACGAUGGAGAGGUGUCAUUUGAGCAAAUAAACCCCGUAAUAGCUGCCGAAUCGAGCGAGCUAUAUGACCUCUACCAGAACAUCCUUCAGAAUGAUGUCCCUGUACAUCUCCGAAAGAAGUCUUUGCAUUUAUUGCAAUGGAUAUGCCUUGCUCGUAGAGCUCUGUCUCUGACCGAGCUACGUUUCGCAUUGGCUUGCGACGAUGAAGAUGGCUCUGCCCUGCCAAGUUGUUGCGAAGAAAGGUCGACUUUUAUCGAUUCAGAUUCAAGUAUGGAAAAGCUGGCUAGAAGUCUGUCUGGCGGCUUGGCUGAAGUGAGGUACUAUUCAAACGCCAUCAACGUCCAAUUCAUACAUCAGACUGUGAACGACUUCGUCCGCGACCGUGGAUUUGAAUUCUUGGCCUCGAUGACCGAUGCUGAAUAUUAUUCGCCUAUUUCGAAUAUGAUAGCCAGAGGUGAGAAUAGACUUUCAAGGUCCUGCAUCAACUAUUUCAAGAUGGAACAAGUGUCAAAGGCGACUAUGCAGUGGAAGGAGCUGAAAUAUCGGGAGGGAAAACCCCCCUUUCUCGAAUAUGCCUACAGAUUUUGGCUUGGGCAUGCUGGGCGUGCUGAGAGAGGGGGGGUAUCACAAGAGAAUCUUGUUGAGCAGUUUGGAUCUUCAUCAGCAGCAUACGAAGCUUGGUUAGAGGCAUGCAAAGAACAUUUUCAGAGAGAUUCGAUAUCUCCAACUUCUGGGACGACUCUUUUGCAUAUUGCAAGCGGAUGGAACUUGCAAAGUGUAGUGCAAAAGCUGAUGCAUGAUAAAAUACUUGUUGAUCAAAAAGAUUCAAAUAGCAACACACCGCUUCACUGGGCAGCUCUGGGAGGGCACGAACAGAUGGUCACUCUACUUCUAGAUCUUGGUGCGGAUAUCAAUACGAGAAACAAUGAGUACUCUACUUGUGGGUCCACGCCACUGAUGGUUGCGGCUAGAAAUGGCCACGAGAGGCUAGUAAGACUACUGCUAAAUAAGGGAUCGGAUGUGAAUGGCACGAAUAAGACCGAAGGAGGUGCUUUAGAAGAGGCAGUUUCUACAGGGAGUUUACCCUUGGUGAAACUACUGAUUGAAAGCGGAGGCGACGUUAAUAGCUGCAACAAAAGAGGGAUGAAUCCUCUUUACGAAGCAGCAGUGGGUCGCUAUGAAGCGAUAGCGAGGCUUCUGAUCAGAGAAGGUGCAGAUGUCAACAUCCAAGGCGGAAUGUUUGGUAACCCUUUACAAGCAGCAACUGUUGCAACUUGCGAGCCUAUAAUCCGACUAUUGCUGGAUAGUGGAGCAAACGUAAAUGCGCAAGGGGGUGAUUGGGGCAAUGCUCUACAGGCAGCUUGCUUAUCCAACGAGAAUAUUGACAUCGCCAAGCUUCUCUUGCUAAGGGGAGCGGAUAUCAAUGCCGCUGGGGGGGAGUGUGGCUCGGCACUUGAAGCAGCUUGCAGUUCUUGUUCCGAGGGCAGCGAGGGCUUGGUACGGAUGCUGCUAAAUCAAAAUGCGAAUGUAAAUUUGCCAGGUGGUUGGUUAGGAAGUCCUCUCAUAGCGGCAGCGGAAGCAGGCAGCGAAGUGAUCGUUGCAAUACUACUUGAAAAUGGAGCACGUGUUGAAGUACGGGGCGGAAAGUACGACAAUGUACUCCAGGCAGCAACAGUAUCGGGUAACAGAAAUCUCGUGGAGUUGUUUUUGGCCAAAGGAGUAGACGUGAAUAUCGCAGGCGGAACAUACGGUACUGCCCUACAAGCAGCAAUGAGACACGCUCCAUCACUCGCCGAUAUUCUACUAGCUAGAGGAGCAGAUGUCACAAUCCUAGGCGGGCAAUACGGAAAUGCAUUGCACGCCGCAGUGUUCUACAAUAGGGAACAACAGGUUCGAGUGCUACUAGAGAGAGGGGCGGGAUCCAAUAUCAAUACAAAUCUUUCGGACCGUCCUGAAAUAUACUGGUACCACCCCUACACUCUUCAGGAGGCCGCACAUGUAGGAAAUGUAAGAAUUGUGGCGGCUUUGUUGGAUUACGGAGCUGAGAUCAACAUAAAUCAUCACGUUCGGGGUACUGCCCUCACUAUAGCCGCUGCAAAGGGCCAUCGAGAUGUGUUUGAGCUCCUUUUGGAUCGAGGAGCUAAUAUAAAAUUGCGUGGAGGCCACCAGACUGGGUCAAUAUCCGAUGCUGCCAAAAAGCACAAAGAGAUCAACCAGGUCAUGCUGGAACGGUGCAUAUGGGACGGCGACUUCCUAAGUGGACCAAGAGAAAAUUAUUAG